UAGGGAGGAAGAUGUUCUUGCUUUUAAUUGCGAACAACCGGAAAGAAUGGCCGAAUCGUUGAUAUCUGUCCUGGAAGAAAAGAAUCGAUUGAAAACUGAACAACUACGGAAAUCUGAAGCAGUUCGAAAAGCUGAAUACGAUGAAAUAUUGAAACGUCUUACAAGCGUGCAAGAGCAGUCCAUACAGAUCGCUGAGAAGAUCGGUCGAAACCUUAAUGACAUUACUGCGUGUAAACACACCAUACAUAAGUCUAUUAAUGAUACGAGUGUCUCCAAACUGCCGAUCACCUGCAAAUACCAAGACGAAAGCGUCAAAUUUUUCCACGAUGCUGUUCCUUUUAUCAAUGACUUCACAAAUACCCUGCAAUCUUCUGAUCCGGAGAAGAAGGAUGUCGGUUAUAAAGCCUACGAUAAUGUUAUAAACCACGUGGAUGCCUUGAAUAUCGAGCUUAUUAAAACUGGGACUCGAUGUCUACAACUUGAAACCUUAAAGAAGACCAUCGAAGGAUUGAAAAUUAAUUCCGAUGUCAAUUUUGAUGCCGAUAUGCAGGAGAUAGACCAGUCCCUGAUCUUCGACAACUGACACGUGCAUAUCAUUUAUUCAGGGCCCGAUUAAUCUAUGACGAAUUGGGAACCGAAUUAAUCGACAAGCGUCUCACGGCACUUGGUGACAAAUUCCGAAGGUCGAAGAGGUCAGAUAAGUCUUGACAAGUUCAAGGCUUAAGUAAUGAACGCAGCGAAAUGAUAAUCACGUCUUGUAGAAAUUUAAUUUCUUGCCUUCCCGUCUCCUUAAUAUCAAUUAAUGAUAAAUGCUUCUCAAUAUAAUUUACAGAAUUU